ACUUUACUUGCGACAAAAAUAUUCCAUUUGGGAUUUUCUAAAAUUACUUCACACUUGACCCUGAAAGGGGUUGGAUUGGGGUUGUUUGUUUCCUGGUUCCGCGUCGAGAAGGAAGUGAACAGAAAUGGCUUCUGCCUCUUUCACAGACGAUUUGACUUGUUCAAUUUGUCUGACAAUUUUUACCGAUCCGGUCACUCUUCUCUGCGGCCACUCUUUUUGCAGAAAAUGUCUGAUAUGCUUUUGGGACACACAGCACCAGUGUCCGCAAUGCAGGGCGUCGCUCGCUGACGCUUGCACGUCAGAAGAUUUAUGUACCAACUUCGUCUUGCUCAGUCUUGCUGAAAAAGCCAAACAAACAGACGUGAUCGACAAAGAGCACAUUACAGCAAAGGCUGAGGUUGCUGACAUGUGUCCGGAGCACGAUGAGAAGCUGAAACUAUACUGUGUGACCGACCAGCAGCUGACUUGCAUCAUAUGUCGAGAUGGCGAGCGACAUGAAGGACACACUUUCAAACCCAUUAAGGAAGCAAGCGCAUCUCUGAAGCGGGAGCUGGAAAAGGGACUGGACCGCAUUCCUGGAGACAUUAAAACUUUGGAGCGGUUGUUAAACACUCAGAGGGAAAAUAUAAAUGCAACUCAGGACAGGUCUUGUCAACUGGGGAGCCAAAUCAGUGCGCAGUUUGAGGAGCUGCACCAGUUUUUGCGAAAAAGAGAGGAGGAGCUGAAGAAUGAGGUGACACGGCAACAAAACGUUGACGUGGAGCAAAUGACCAAGAUGCUGAAUGCUAUCGAGGCGGAGCUGUCCCAGAGUAGAGCCCUGCAGGCUAAGGCUGUCUCCGUUCUGGCAAUUUCCGACCCCGAGACGUUUCUCAAGGGCUGGGCCAAAGGCAACAACGUCAUGCUUCAAGGAGCAUCCCGACCAAAAGCAAGUGAUCUCUCGGUCGUGGAAACCUCGCUUUCCCUGGGACCUUAUGAGAGUCACCUCAAGUUUUUUGUAUGGAAAGAGAUGCUUCAGGUGAUCGAGCCUCGAGAAGUGCAGCUCAAGCUCAAAGGGGAGGAGUCCCAGACCAAUCUGUCUGUGGACAGACGCAGUGUGCUCCACAGGACCGACGUUCAAAGUCAAUCUGCAUUUCCCCGACAACCGAGAUACACGGCCUCACGGAAUCUUUCGCAGCCAGAGCCUCAAAAAAACCCUCCAUCAUGGUCCUUCCUGAAAUGUUUCAGUACUUGGUAUCAUGGAUUUGCCACCAGUGCGAAUGUGUUCACUUCAGGGCAGCACUACUGGGAAAUAGAGGUGGGCCAGAUUGGCCAAACUGGCUUUUGGGAAGUGGGCAUACAGGAUCAUAUUCUCAAAUAUGAGGGUGGAAAUCUUUCCACUGGUUGUCCAGAGGGAGUAACUCCGCUAACUCUCCAGAGCAUCCCACGAAAGAUCGGGAUCUAUCUGGACCUCCCGUCCCAGAAGCUUUCUUUCUACAAUGCAACCAACAUGGCACACAUUCACACGGUCAGCACGAAAAGCUCUCGAGCAACAUCAAUGUCAGCAAUGCUAAAAAUGAAUUACACAACCCCAAAUAUCCUCCCUUUUACAGUGUGCUGGUAUUAAAGCACGCUUGGGUAAAACCCACCGCGGCAAACAGAAGAAUUCAAAAUACCCUUCUUUGACACUUGUCGAGAUGCAUGACGCAACACCAAUUCCAAUAUCAUUGAUGUCCAUCCAUCCAUUCAUUUUCUGAUCGGCUUCUCCUCACAAGGGUCGCGGUGCGUGCUGCAGUCUAUCGGAGCUGUCUUUGGGCAGUAGGUGGGGGACACCCUGAACCGGUUGCCAGCCAAUCGCAAUGUGUUGCCAAUGUUUUAAUAAUUUGAACAAGCAUGAAAACUUUUCACAGACUGCCCACGUGAAUUUUAGCAGUUUAACCGCGCCGCCACCGGGUCAAAGCAGCAAUCAACUGUCAUCUUUGAUCAUGCUCAUUUGGAAGUACCAAUGAUGUUAACGCCUUAGUGGGAGCACAAUUCCAUAUUAUUUAAAUUUCAAGAGGCAGCGGCUCGGUGGUCGACUGAUUAGCACGCCGGCCUCACAGUGCAGAAGUGCAGGGUU